AUGGAGCAACAGCUCCUGACGCUCCUGGCAGACACUCAGUCACCCCGCGCCGAUACGAGAAAGUCCGCGGAGACACAACUCCAGCAGCUCUAUGUCAAUGAAGCCUUCCCCAUCUCACUCACAGCCAUUGCCUCCCACGAGUCCGUCCCGGUCAAUCUCCGCCAGUCAUCCCUCUCCGUCCUGCGCACCUUCAUCGCCGGCGCCUGGUCUCCGAACCUGGACGAAUUCAAAGGCCAGGUCCUCGUGAACGAUGCAAACAAAGCCCAAAUUCGCCGGGCUCUACUGGAACUCGCGACGACAACUGAGACUCCCGAGCGCAAGGUCAAGUCGUCAGCUAGUUAUGCCGUCAGCAAGAUUGCUAGCGCUGAUUUCCCGGAUGACUGGCCAGAGUUACUGCCCUCGCUCUUGCACGUCAUAAACGAGCAAGGCACCUCGGAUAUCGCGCUCCAUGGCACAUUGAAGGUCCUGUUGGAUUUGGUGGAUACGGGCUUCAGCGAGGAGCAGUUCUUCGAUGUUGCCCGCGACUUGGUUUCGGCUCUCUUUGCGGUAGCCACCUCGCAAACAAGGAAACCGAUCCUGCGCGCCCUUGCGGUCGCAGUUUUCCGCUCUUGUUUUGAUACCCUGGAGAUGGUUAUGGAGCAGCAUAAUGUGGCAAUCAGGCAGUUUGUCGAAGAGGCGUUGACCGGAUGGUCCCCUGAUGAUGAAUCUGGCAACAAGGAACUUGCUUCGCAAUGGCGGGGUAUUCUGGGGUUGAAAAUCCAAGUUGUCAGGACGAUUAUGAAAAUUCGCAUGAUCUUCCCCGCUCUCUUGACAACUCAGAGUCCCAACUUCUUCUCGGCAGUCUGGACCGAACUGAACAACGCCUUACCGAUCUACCAAAAAUUCUUCAUCGAGGAUCAGCAACAGGGCCGCCUUGAGGAUGUUGAUGGCUUGCCUUACUCACUCGACUUCCUCGUGUUGGAAGAGUUAGAUCUCAUCCAGACAUUGCUCAAGGCCCCUCCAGUCAAAGCACAGCUUCAGCAGGAACUUCAGGCUGCGGGUACUAAUGCAAGCUCGUCUGGCUGGUUGCCCGAGAUCGUGAAGCUGGCCAGUUCCUACGCUCAGGUUACAGCGGAGGAAGAAGGUAUGUGGGAGGUUGACGUGAACCUCUUUCUGUCCGAGGAGACCUCCGUUACCGCCAAUUAUACGCCACGAACAUGCAGCGGAGACUUGGUAGUCAAGACCGGAGAAUGGCUGAAGGUGCUGGCUGUUGAGGGCAUCUUAAGUCACAUGAAUACCCUAUUUGCAGACACCUCCGCUUCUUGGAAAUCUCGCGAAUCGGCUCUGUUCAUGCUCAAUGUCCUUUUGCGAGACUUCACGGAGGUCAGUCAGCAAAUUCCUCCGGACUUGGCAAACCAUUUCAAUCAAUUCGUACACUACGCGAUCCAGCAAGAGGAGGAACUGUUGCGCGCCCGGGGAUACCUCGUCGGCGGCUCUCUAUCUCGAGUUGCAGGAGAUUCAUUCCAGCAGACAGCAUCCUCUUACCUGGAAGCUACCUUGAAAGCAAUCCAAGAGGACCCUUCGGAACUUGUCAAGGUUGCCGGCAUUCGAGUUUUACAGGAUUUGAUGCUGGGUCUACCCAGAUCCACAGCCAAAUCCUUCCAAGGAACCGUGGUCAACACCAUCUCGGAGUUUGUCGCUGCACACGACCUGCGUGAAGAGGUCGACAGCGAUGAUCUGAAGGUCACCCUGGCAGAAACCCUCCGAGACACCAUCAUGGUUGAUUCAAACGUGGUCCUCUCCUCGGCCGGCAUCGAUCUGCUGUUCAACAUUGCGAGUAGUGGGGCCGAUAAUUUCCAGCUUACCAUGAUCGUAACAGAGGCCUUCGAAGACAUUGUGGACGAGAUCACUGAGCAUGGCCCAGAGGCUUACAUGCGCCUCUGCGAAAAAGUCUUGCCGUCCCUGAUGGGUGCAAUUGACGUUGGCAACAUGACUGAAGAGAACUCUCUGACCAACUUUGCGGCUGAUCUGCUCCGCGCUUUGUCCGAGCGAAGUCUCCAGCCUCUCCCUGCUGGCUUUGUGGAGACGGUCAUGCCCAAACUCGACCGUCUGCUUCUAGGCUCCACCGAGGCGGAGCUUAUUCGCCCGGCCACCGAAGCUGUCCGUCAUAUGCUUUCACAUGACUUUGCCCAAUUUAUUGCCUGGCGCGAUCCGCAGUCUGGUAAGGAGGCCAUUGAAGUUGUCCUGGUCAUCAUUGACCGCCUGCUUGGGCCGGCCGUGGAUGAUAUUGCAGCGGCAGAGGUUGGCCAGCUGGCAGCAGAGUUGGUGGAGCGAGCCGGCUCUGAACGAUUGGGACCGUAUCUGCCUCAGCUCCUGCAGGCUGUAGCCCAACGGCUGGCGACAGCUGAGAAGGCCCAAUUUAUCCAGAGCCUGAUCUUGGUCUUUGCACGACUGACCCUUAUUAGCGCUCGCGAGGUGGUGGACUUCCUCGCACAGCUUAAUCUGGGAGGUGAGAGCGGCCUCUCCGUGGUGCUACGUAAAUGGCUGGAGAACUCGGUCAACUUCGCCGGCUACGAUGAAAUCAAGUCCAACAUCUUCGCCUUGGCACGAUUGUACGAGCUGGCCGACCCCCGACUGGCCGAGAUUCCCGUCAAAGGUGAUCUUAUUAUCCAGGAUACCGGGCGUAUCAAGACACGCUCCCAGGCCCGCAGAAACCCAGACCAGUACACUACUGUGGCGGCACCGCUGAAAAUUGUCAAGGUGCUAGCUGAGGAGUUAUCGGCUGCAUCCGGCAACCAAGAAAUUGAUGCUGCCACGCGGGCCGCUCUAGACGAGGCCGACAGUGACGACGGCGAUGAUGAUUGGGAGGAUGUUCCCGGUCAGAUCAUGGAUCUGAACCUGGGAAUGACCAAGCAGGAACUCAUGGCCUUCGGGGAAGGCGGAUCCGAGAGCGUAUUUGCAGUACGACGUCGAGACGAUGAGACACAAGCAUUCCUGGCCGAUUUCUUUCGGCGAGCAUCCACCCAGCCGGGAUUCCAGGAUCUAUUCGGGGCACUGACUGCAGGCGAACAAGCCAAACUGCAGAGUUUGGGCUGA